UCCCCCCCUUUGGUUUGCCUUCCCCUCUUCUUUCCCCCCCUUUAGGUGUGAAAUCUAUCUUCUCAGACAGAGACUCUGAACCCCUCGGUCCCCGCAUGACAUGGUUCAGUCCAGCUGCGAGCUCCGAGCCUCCUCCAUGCAUUGGGAUUUUUCUCAGCGCCGACACCGAGUGAAUCUCCCUUUUCUGACCGUUUGAAAACUCGUCGUGCCUGCCAGACCAGAGAAAAAGCCCUGCCAUGACCGCCGCUUCAAAUCAGGACGGAGCAACGGGACUUUUGAGGAGACCGGAAUGCGCAGGCAGGAAAGGGGACGGAAUACGGAUUUUUGCUCUAAUGAAGGCGGGAGUGCAGGCGCACCAUUGGAGCCGGAUGCUGUUCUUAUAUAUGGGGCUGCUGGUCGCCUCAGUAAAGGCUCAGAACUGCAGUUACACAUUACAGAAUCCCAAUGGGACAAUAGAAAGCCCUGGAUACCCUUACGGCUAUCCUAACUAUGCCAACUGUACAUGGGUCAUUGUGGCGGCGGAGCACAACCGGAUACAGCUGGUGUUUCAAGGCUUUGCCCUAGAGGAGGACUUUGACAUCUUGUCUGUAUAUGAUGGGCCGCCCAGCCCUGGAAACCUGCGAACAAGGUUAACUGGCUUCCAGCUGCCUCCACCAAUUGUGAGUACGGGCUCCAGGCUCACACUGUGGCUGCUUUCUGACUAUGCGGUCAGCGGGCAGGGAUUCAAAGCUGCAUAUGAAGCUUUGCCCAGCUACACUUGUGGUAAUCCUGGAAAGCUACUCAACGGCCACCAGCAGGGGUCUACUUUUAAUAUCGGGGACAAGAUCCGCUACAGCUGCAGCCCGGGCCAUGUUCUAGAGGGUCAUACCACCCUGUCCUGCCUUGCCACUUCAGCUGGUACUGCUGCCUGGGAUUUCCCCCUUCCUUACUGCAGAGCGGAUGACGGAUGUGGAGGGACACUGCGGGGCCAGAGUGGGGUGAUAACUACUCCCAAUUACCCAUCUGAAUAUAACAACAAUGCCGACUGCACCUGGACUGUGCUGGCUGAGCCAGGAGACACCAUUGCCCUGGUUUUUUCUGACUUUCAGCUGGAGGACGAUUAUGACCUGCUGGAGGUCAGCGGCACUGAGGGUUCUUCGCAAUGGUUUACUGGCCCGAACCUUCCUUCGCCCAUCAUUAGCAGCAAGAACUGGCUUCGACUGCACUUUACUUCAGAUGGCAACCAUAAGUUAAGAGGUUUCAGUGCCCAAUACCAAGUGAAGAAGAUGACUGAGCUUAAGUCUCGGGGUGUGAAGAUGUUGCCCAGCAAAGACAACCACCACAAGAUAUCAGUGUUGUCUCAGAUGGGUGUAGCACAGGGCCACAACAUGUGUCCAGAUCCUGGGAUUCCAGAUCGAGGAAAAAGAAAAGGUUCUGACUUCAGGCGAGGAGCCACAGUGCAUUUCUCCUGUGACGAGGGUUAUGAACUGCAGGGCUCGAAGAGCAUCACUUGUCUCAGAGUGACAGACAGCUACGUAGGCUGGAGUGACGAUCGGCCCAUCUGCAGAGCACCAAUGUGCGGAGGUCAGUUGAGAGGACCCAGUGGUGUCAUCACAUCUCCGAACUACCCAGUUCAGUAUGACAACAAUGCCAACUGCACUUGGGUCAUCACGGCAACAGACACGUCUAAGGUGAUCAAGCUGACAUUUGAAGAUUUUGACCUGGAGCGAGGCUACGACACCCUGACGGUUGGAGACGGCGAGGUAGUGGGAGACCAGAAGACCAUCUUCCACGUUCUGUCUGGUUCAACUACUCCAGACCUUGUCGUGAGCACCAGUCAUCAGAUGUGGCUCAACUUCAAAACAGAUGAUACCAGUGGCUCGUUGGGCUUCAAGGUGUCCUAUGAAGAGAUUGAGCAAGGCAGUUGUGGAGAUCCUGGAAUUCCAGCUUACGGCAAGCGGGAGGGGACAGGUUUCCGUCACGGGGACAGACUGUACUUCGAGUGUCUGCCUGCCUUCGAGCUGGUGGGGAAGAAGAACAUCACCUGUCAGAAGAACAACCAGUGGUCAGCUAAGAAACCCAGCUGCGUUUUUUCCUGUUUCUUCAACUUUACCACUCCAUCGGGGGUGCUGCUAUCUCCCAACUACCCUCAGGAGUACGGAAACAAUAUGCACUGUGUGUGGCUCAUCAUCACCAACCCUGAGAGCAGAAUCAAUCUGGCCUUCAACGACCUCAGCAUGGAGAAACAGUUUGACUUCCUCUCCAUCAAGGAUGGGGGAAAGGCUGAAUCUCCUAUCCUGGGGACCUUCUCUGGUGAUGUCCUGCCUCCUCCCAUAACAACCAGUGCGCAUGUAGCCCGUUUGGAGUUCCUGACUGACCACACCUACACAGACAGAGGCUUUAACAUCACAUUUACAACGUUCCGCCACAACGAGUGCCCAGACCCGGGUGUGCCGGUUAAUGGGAAACGCUUUGGAGAGAGCCUUCAGCUGGGCAGUUCCAUCUCAUUCCUGUGCGAGGACGGCUUUGUUAAGACCCAUGGCUCCCUGACCAUCUCCUGCAUUCUCAAGGACGGCAAUGUGGUGUGGGACAAUGCUGUUCCUCGCUGUGAAGCCCCGUGUGGAGGGGAUCUGAAAGCUCCCAGUGGAAUCAUCCUCUCCCCUGGCUGGCCAGAACUAUACAAGGAGGCCCUUAACUGUGAAUGGAUCAUUGAGGCUCCUCCAGGCUACCCCAUCAAGAUCAUCUUCGACAAGUUUCGCACCGAGGUUAACUAUGAUGUCCUCGAGGUGCGAGAUGGACGUUUUCCCUCUUCACCACUAAUUGGUAGUUACCAGGGCACACAAGUUCCCCAGUUCCUGAUCAGCACCUCCAACUUCCUGUAUCUCCUAUUCACCACUGACAAGAGCCACUCUGACAUUGGCUUCCGUAUACGUUAUGAAACCCUGCAGCUACAAUCAGAUCACUGCGUGGACCCUGGCAUCCCUGUCAACGGGCAGCGACACGGGAACGACUUCUACGUUGGAGCUUUGGUGACAUUUAGUUGCGACGCAGGGUACACACUUAGCGACUCUGAGCCAUUAGAAUGUGAACCCAAUUUUCAGUGGAGUCGCCCCCUGCCUAGCUGUGAUGCAUUGUGUGGAGGUUACAUCCAGGGCAACGCCGGCACCAUCUUGUCUCCCGGCUUCCCAGACUUUUACCCGCAUAACCUGAACUGCACGUGGAUAAUCGAGACCUCCCACGGCAAAGGUGUCCAGUUCACCUUCCACACCUUCCACCUUGAGAGCCCUCACGAUCAUUUAUUGGUGACAGAGAACAGCAGCUUCUCUCAGCCACUUUGGAGGCUGACGGGCUCCACCUUGCCUCCGCCUCUCAGCGCAGGGCUGUUUGGAAACUACACAGCACAGAUCCGCUUCCUGUCUGACUUUUCCGUUUCGUAUGAGGGAUUCAACAUCACCUUCUCUGAGUAUGAUUUGGAGCCGUGCGAAGAUCCUGGAAUUCCACCUUACAGCACCAGAAAGGGAUUGCAGUACGGAGUGGGCGAUGCCCUCAUCUUCUCUUGUUUCCCAGGUUACCGACUGGAGGGUCCAGCGAGGGUGGUCUGCUUAGGGGGCAGGAGGCGGGUGUGGAGCUCCCCUCUGCCAAGGUGUGUUGCUGAAUGUGGUUCAUCCGUGACUGGCAUGCAAGGGGUGCUGCUCUCACCCAACUACCCCGGUUACUACGGCAACAACCACGAGUGCAUCUACUCCAUCCAGACGCAGCCUGGCAAAGGCAUUCAGCUACGGGCACGGGAUUUCAGACUGGAGGAGGAUGACAUACUCAAAGUCUUUGAUGGAAGCAGUAAUAAGGCUCGCCUGCUGGGGGUGUUUACAGGCAACGAGCUGCUAGACACAACCCUGAACUCCACCUCCAGCUCUAUGUGGCUCGAGUUCAUCAGCAAUGCGGAUAACACCAGUAAAGGCUUUGAACUACACUUCACCAGUUUCGAGCUCGUGAAAUGCGAGGAUCCAGGUGUUCCCCAGUUUGGCUACAAGCGGGAGGACAAGGGUCAUUUUGCAGGGAGCAUUGUGUCUUACAGCUGUGACCCGGGCUAUACCCUGAAAGGUCCUGAGGUGCUCACCUGCCUGAGGGGCGAAAGGAGGGCUUGGGACAGCCCCCUUCCACUCUGUGUUGCCGAGUGUGGUGGCACCAUCAAAGACGAGCCUUCCGGUCGUAUCCUCUCUCCGGGCUACCCGGCACCAUAUGAGCACAACCUGCACUGCAUGUGGACCAUUGAGGCGGCCCCAGGAAGCACUAUAAGUCUUCAUUUCCUGGUUUUCCACACGGAAGAGGUCCAUGAUGUGCUUCGGAUCUGGGAUGGGCCCCAGGAUGGAGGUGUCCUGCUGAGGGAGCUAAGUGGCUCAGCGCUGCCCCAAGACGUCCACAGCACCUUUAACACUAUCAGCCUGCAGUUCACCACAGACUUCUUCACUAGCAAACAAGGCUUCGCUCUUCAGUUUUCUGUGUCUACUGCAACCUCCUGCAAUGACCCAGGCAUGCCUACUAAUGGGACCCGCGGUGGCGACAGCAGGGAACCCGGAGACCAUGUGGUGUUCCAGUGUGAUCCGGGUUACAUCCUGCAGGGGGCCAACAGGAUCACCUGCACUGAAAUCAAUGGUCGCUUCUUCUGGCAGCCAGACCCUCCUACAUGCACAGCUCCAUGUGGCGGGAACCUGACAGGUCCUAGUGGGCUGAUUCUGUCUCCAGACUAUCCUGAACCGUAUCCUCACGGACGAGAGUGUGACUGGACAGUUACUGUCACACAGGACUAUGUCAUCUCUCUGACCUUCAACCAGUUCAGCUUGGAGCCAAGUUAUGACUUCUUGCACAUCUAUGAUGGACCGGACUCCCUCAGCCCCUUGUUGGGUAGCUUUUAUGGCACAGAUGUUCCCGAUCGUAUUGAGAGCAGCUCCAACACGCUCUUCUUGGCUUUCCGCAGCGACGCCUCUCUCAGCAGCAAUGGAUUUGUGCUGCAGUACACAGAGAACCCUAGGGAGUCUUGCUUCGAGCCCGGCCUGGUGCGCAAUGGGACACGGGUGGGCACCGAUCUCAAGCUGGGCUCCACCGUCACCUACCACUGCGACAGUGGUUACACACUAGAGGGAGACCCAACGCUCACUUGCAUCAUGGGGGUGGACGGCAAGCCGAGCUGGAACAAACCCAAACCCAUCUGCAUUGCUCCAUGUGGUGGACAGUACACUGGUACAGAGGGAGUGGUCUUGUCUCCUGGUUACCCCGGUAACUACAGCAGCGCACGAACCUGUUUGUACUCUGUAGUCGUGCCCAAAGAUUACGUGGUCUUCAGUCAGUUCGCCUUCUUCCAGACGGCCCUGAAUGACAUCGUGGAGGUUUACGAUGGGGCAACGCAGCACUCCCGCGUUCUUAGCUCGCUCUCUGGAGCACACACAGGUGAGUCGUUGCCAUUAGCAACCUCCAACCAAAUCCUGAUCCGCUUUACCUCCAAAGGCCAAUCCAGCUCUAGAGGAUUCCAUCUGGUCUACCAGGCCGUGCCACGGACCAGCGCCACCCAGUGCAGCUCAGUCCCUGAGCCCCGAAAUGGCAGACGAAUGGGUAACAACUUUGCCGUCGGCGCCGUGGUCCGCUUCGAGUGCAGCCCUGGUUACGUCCUGGAGGGAUCGAGCGCUAUCGAAUGUUUAACCGUUCCCAAUGCCCUGGCACAAUGGAACAGCUCGAUACCCAGCUGUAUAGUUCCAUGUGGAGGUAAUCUGACCCAGCGAACUGGCACCAUCUUAUCUCCUGGAUUUCCUGAGCCCUACCUCAACAGCCUCAACUGUGUGUGGAAGAUCACAGUUCCCGAAGGAUCAGGAAUCCAGAUCCAGGUAAUCAGCUUUGUGACAGAGCAGAACUGGGAUUCGCUGGAGGUGUUUGACGGAGGCGACAACACUGACACCAUGCUUGGCAGCUUCUCGGGCACGACGGUCCCAGCUCUGCUCAACAGCACCUCCAACCAACUCUACCUCCACUUUUUCUCUGAUAUCAGCGUGUCUGCAGCUGGAUUCAGGCUGGAAUACAAAACCGUGUCUUUGACUAACUGUCCAGAGCCUGUAGUUCCUAUGAAUGGUAUCAAGGUUGGAGAGCGCCUUCAGAUGAAUAACGUGGUGUCAUUCCAUUGUGAACCAGGAUAUACGCUACAGGGGAACUCGCACAUCACUUGUAUGCCUGGAACUGUCAGACGAUGGAACUACCCACCUCCUCUCUGCAUAGCUCAGUGCGGUGGAAUUCGGGAAGAGAUGGAGGGCAUGAUUCUCAGUCCCGGUUUCCCUGGCAACUACCCUAGCAACAGUGACUGCACCUGGAGAAUCUACCUGCCAGUUGGUUACGGAGCCCACAUACAGUUCCUCAACUUUUCCACUGAAGCCAACCACGACUUCCUCGAGAUACGCAAUGGGCCCUUGGAAACAAGUGCUGUCAUUGGCAGAUUCAGCGGCCAGGAUGUUCCCUCUUCCCUUCUCACCACCUCCCACGAGACCACAAUAUACUUCCAUAGUGACCAUUCACAGAACAAACCUGGCUUCAGGUUUGAGUACCAGGCUUAUGAGCUACAGGAGUGCCCAGAUCCAGAGCCUUUUCGCUACGGGGUGGUGGUGGGUGCUGGCUACAACGUGGGUCAGUCUAUUUCCUUCGAGUGUCUGCCCGGGUAUCAGCUGACGGGACAUUCCAUCCUCACCUGUGAACACGGCACCACCCGCAACUGGGAUCACCCUUUCCCUCGCUGUGAAGUGCCUUGUGGUGGGAACAUCACAUCAGACAAUGGGACCAUCUUUUCCCCGGGUUACCCUGAGGAGUAUCCAAGCUCAGCUGACUGCUCCUGGCUGAUUACUGUGGCUCCUGGAUUUGGCAUCAAACUCAACUUCUCCCUCCUUCAAGUUCAUGGGCCACACGACUUCAUUACUGUCUGGGAUGGUCCACAAGAAACAGCCAGGAAACUAGGUGUGUUUACUGAUGGAGAGCCCAACGACCCACCCAGCAGCACAUCCAAUCAGGUGCUGAUACGGUUCCGUAGUAAUACAGAGAAGGGUGGACUCUUUCGUAUCAGCUAUCAAGCUUACAGACUACAGUACUGCCUCCCUCCCCCCAUCAUUCCUAAUGCUGAGAUUCUGAUGGCAAGCAAGGAAUUUAAAAUUGGUGAUAUAGUGCGCUACCGAUGUCUCCCAGGAUACCAAUUAAGUGGAAACAGCAUCCUGACCUGUCGGCUAGGUACACAUUUGGAAUUUGAGGGCCCUCCACCCUCAUGUGAUGUGACGUGUCCCAUGAACGAGAUACUCACAGCCUCCACGGGCGUCAUCAUGAGUCAGUCGCCCGGCAACGGUUUUCCCCACUUUGAGUCCUGCUCCUGGGUGGUUAAGGUAGAACCCGGCUACAACAUCACUUUCACUAUCGAACACUUCCAGACCAGCCGUCAGUUCGAUGAGCUUGAAAUCUUUGAUGGCCCAUCCAGACAGAGUCCUCUCCUAAUCACACUAAGUGGUAACUAUUCCAGUCCGCUCAGCAUCACCAGUUCCAGUAACAAAGUCUACCUGCACUGGUCCUUCGAUCACACUACCAGCCACAAAGGCUUCCGCAUACGCUACUCAGCUGCCUACUGUAGCCCUUCAAACAGCCCAGUAAACGGCACAGUGCACAGUCUGACAGGCACAAAACUCGGCAGCACCCUGCGUUUCAGCUGUGACCAGGGCUUUCGUCUUAUUGGCCAAAGCAGUGCCACCUGUACGCGGACUGCACAGGGGAUCUACCAGUGGAACGCACCGGUCCCGCUUUGCCAAGUCAUGUCCUGUGGAAUGCCAGUUCCUCCUGUUAAUGGCAGCAUUGCUGGCCAGGACUUCUCUCUAGGAGCCAGAGUCACCUAUCAAUGUAACCCUGGAUUUCGGCUUUCGGGGCCCAUCACCACCUCAGUGAUCUGUCAGGAGUCUGGGAGGUGGAGCCCCAUAGAGGCCCCACCUAGAUGUAUUCCUGUCACCUGCCCCGACAUUGGUCACUCUGCAGUGGAACAUGGGAGAUGGAGGCUAAUCUAUGGGACUCAAAACCAAUAUGAUGCUAUCAUGAUGCUCACUUGCGACCCAGGAUAUUAUUACAGGGGUCAAAGGGUAAUUCGCUGCCAAGCCAACAGCACAUGGAACUAUCCAAAUCCUCGCCCAGUUUGCGAGAUCAUCUCCUGCGGGGACCUUGGGACUCCACCGAACGGACACAAGAUUGGAACCCUUACUGUGUAUGGAGCUACAGCUAUUUUCUCAUGCAACACGGGCUAUACCUUGGUGGGCUCUCGGGUGCGAGAGUGUAUGUCCAACGGGCUUUGGAGUGGAACACAGGUCCAGUGCCUGGCGGGCCAUUGUGGUACUCCAGAGCCAAUAGUGAAUGGCCAGAUCAUUGGGGAGAAUUAUAACUAUCGAGGCAGUGUUGUGUACCAGUGUAACCCAGGAUUUCGGCUCAUUGGAGUGUCAGUGCGAGUCUGUGAACAGGAUCACCACUGGUCAGGACAUACUCCUGUUUGUGUUCCCAUCACCUGUGGCCACCCUGGCAACCCUACCUUUGGUAUGACCCAAGGAACCCAGUUUAAUCUAAACGAUGUUGUGCGUUUCAUCUGCAAUACUGGAUAUGUUCUACAAGGGGCUGUAAAAUCGACUUGCCAGGCCAACGGGCAGUGGAGCAACGUCCUACCCAGGUGUAAAAUUGUUAACUGCACAGAGCCAGGACAUGUGGAGAACAGCAUUAGGCAGGUACUGUCCAGCGGGCCGCAUCGCUACAGUUUCCAAACCACUGUGUCAUAUCGCUGUAGUCCGGGCUACUACCUGCUGGGCACCAGCUCGAUCUCCUGUCAGGGAGAUGGCACCUGGGACCGCUCCCUACCCAAAUGCCUGUUGGUGCUGUGUGACCGCCCCAGCGUGCCUCCUUACACCCAGAUUUCAGGUGACCGUCGAACAGUGGGCUCCGUCAUUCGCUACAGUUGCAUCGGUCAGCGUAGCAUCAUUGGCAAUACAACAAGAAUGUGCCAGCUGGAUGGGCAGUGGAGCGGCUCGCCACCACAUUGCUCUGGAGAGGCUGCUGGGUUGUGCGGUGAUCCGGGCGUUCCCGUGCAUGGGAUCCGUCUAGGAGAGGAGUUUAUGGUGGGCAGUGUUGUCCGCUUCAGCUGUGAGCCAGGCUAUGCGCUGAAGGGCUCUCCGGAGAGAACCUGUCUGGCCAAUGGAAGCUGGCUGGGCACACAACCAGAGUGCCAUGUGGUUUCUUGUGGAAAUCCAGGAACUCCACGGAAUGCCCAGAUCCUCAUUCAUGACGGCCUGACUUUUUCCAGAUCCAUCACUUACGCUUGCAGGGAGGGCUACUACUCUACUGGACUCCUGACCCGGCAUUGUACUGUUAACGGGACUUGGACCGGCAACAUGCCUGAGUGCUCAGUAAUCAACUGCGGUGAUCCCGGAGUGCCAGCUAACGGGGUGAGAUUUGGGAGUGAUUUCACCUACAACCACACGGUCACGUUCCAGUGCUCCCCUGGUUUCACCAUGGAUGCCGAUCGGGCCUCCUCUCUCAUCUGCACCAAGACCCGCACCUGGAAUGGCACCAAACCUCUCUGUAAAGCAAUCGUAUGUGGUCCACCACCCACCAUCCCUAAUGGACAGGUUGUUGGGACAGACUUCACCUGGGGCUCCAGCAUAAGCUACUCCUGCAACCAAGGUUACCAGCUGUCCCUACCCACUGUGUUAACAUGCCAAGGCAACGGCAACUGGAGUGGAGAGAAACCACAGUGCUUCCCUGUUUUUUGUGGAGACCCAGGAAUGCCAACACAGGGGAGAAGGGAGGACAGCGGUUUCACCUAUCUCUCCUCCGUCUCCUUCUUCUGCGACCCGCCACUCGUCCUGGUCGGCUCAUCGCGGAGAUACUGCCAGUAUGAUGGCACCUGGAGUGGCACGCAGCCGUCUUGCAUAGAUCCCAGUCACACUACCUGUGGAGAUUCUGGCACGCCUCUCUUUGGAAAUCAGAACAACAGCCAGGGCUACCAGAUCGGCAGUACGGUGUUCUUCAGCUGCAGAAAGGGCUACUUACUGCAGGGCUCGAUUUCUCGCACCUGCCUACCAAACCUCACUUGGAGUGGCUUUCAACCUGAGUGCAUUGCCCACCACUGCAGCCAGCCAGAGCUGCCAGCCCAGUCUGAUGUGAGAGCCAUUGAACUGCCAUCCCUGGGCUACACGCUGAUCUAUACGUGUCAGCCCGGCUUCUACUUGGCCGGAGGAUCAGAGCACAGGACGUGCAGGUCCGACGGUAGCUGGUCAGGGAAACCGCCUCUGUGUGCAGCUGAUAUUCGCCCAAGUGGUAGGGGCCCGGUGGUACCAGUGCAGGAGCCGUCCUCCAAGCACCCAGUUCCUGUUGGUGUAUUUGCCAAGAACUCCCUCUGGAGGGGAUCCUACGAGUACCUCGGGAAGAAGCAACCAGCUAUGUUGAGCAUCACUGCCUUUGAACCCUUUAGCAACCGGGUUAAUGGGACACUCAUCGACCACAGUGGAGUAGAACUUAAACUGGCAGGUACAUUUAAGAGAGAGGAUGCUCAGCUGGUGCUACAGGUUCAUCAGAUCAGAGGCCCUGUGGAGAUCUUUGUCAACAAGUUCAAAAUGGACAACUGGUCCCUAGAUGGACGUGUGUCCUACAUCUCUUCUUCCAACUCCUAUGUGUACCAGGGAGUUGUCACCGGAAAAGGCUUUGGCCAAUUUGGUCUCCAGCGACUGGAGAGUUUAGAUCCCAGCAGAGACCAACAAGGCUACAACUUUGCCUCCAACAGCAGUUCAGUGGCGGCAGCCAUCCUAGUGCCUUUUAUAGCCAUGAUCAUUGCAGGCUUCGCUCUGUACCUCUACAAACACAGAAGAAGACCCAAAGUUCCCUUCAAUGGUUAUGUGGGCCAUGAGAACACUAACGGGCGAGCUACGUUCGAGAACCCUAUGUAUGACCGCAACAUCCAACCCACUGACAUCAUGGCCAAUGAGACAGAGUUCACAGUCAGCACAGUGUGCACAGCUGUAUAGCAACCGCUUCCUCUGAAGUCCGGGGACGAGAGGUGCACCACGUCCUCGCCUGCGUGCCAGCUGAGGACAUCUAUAGCUCCUUGAGCAGAGGGCAAGACAAAGAUUAUUUUAUUUGCUGAAAUACCUUCAAGAAACAUCUCCAGCGGAAAAGGCGCUUACCUGCUGGCGAUAAGAAAACAAACAGAAAGAAACCACGUGAAGACAACCAUCUGAACACGCCAACGACAACAACAACGCGCUUUUCGUAACUUUACGUGGUUUCUUGGUCAUUCUCCAUAUUUUGAGGAAAAGCUUCCACCUUAAACUGCAGCCAGCGGGGAGUACGACUGGGAGCAAAGCUGUGAUGACUUUUCUCACCGCCUAAACCCAAAGGGAAUUUUACGGUAAACUUUUAAGUCGAGAAAUAUACCUGUAGCUUACGGAGGCCUCUGUGCAAGCGAACUGUAAGACGGGCAGCGCCGUAUUGGCUUGUGCGUGAAUCGGAGGGAGACAGUCUGGACUGUUUCGAUUCAUCUUUCUCGUUUUUUUUUUUUUCUUUCUCAUUAGCUAUUUUUAUUGUGUUCGCUCUUAUAUGCUGCUCACCUUAUGCUUUGAGUCGCUGGACGCCAGUUUUCUUCCCAGCUGUCCGCUCCUGAGGUUCUCGAAAAGUAUCAUCGGGGACCCCUCAGUUUCUGGCAGAGGAUGAAUUAAAAAUUCAGUGAGUUUUUGAAGGCCUUGCUGGAGACACACACACACAGACACACUCAACUUCAUCUUUUUUUUUUUGUAGCAGGAAUAAAAUUCUGCUUGGCGAGGCAGCUGUGUCCAGUGUAGGGGUUAAAAGGUAGCUUGGGCUUCUGAAAUUUAAAAAAGCACUUAAUGAGGUUGUAGUGAGAGUUGUACAUGCGAGUGUGAGUGCGUAUGUUCAUGUGCACAUCUUGUAGCUGCCCUCAUCUGUUUUGACCCUAAAAAUCCAACCAAACACGCAAUGCUGUCUUAUUUUAUUUUUUUGUUGCUUUAAGAAGCGAAACUAUUGAGUUUAGGAGUUUAGGAUUAUGCCGACUCAGAGGCUCCGAAAACCAGUAAAUUAAACGUCGACAAUCUAUAAAUCCAGUCUCCAUCGUUUUUGUUUCUUUUCUUUUUGAUUUGUAGCGAUUGAUCAGAUAGAUCAAAGGGACCGAAGAGAGACAAAUUCACUUCUCAAGCUAACACACUUGAAUCAAAGGUUAACUAAGGGGAAGUACUCUUGACAUUUGCUCCAGAAACAGGCUUUUUUUUUUUUUUUAACCAUGCCGCCACUGCUGCUCUGAGGCGCUUGAGGAGAAGGGACCAUGUCGCAACAAACCAGAAUGUAGCACAUUUUCCUCAAGAAGACAGCAAAUCUGUAUUUAGAUUACACUAUCUGCUUUUUUUCUUUUCUUAUUUAAAGUUUCUUUUAAUCCCGGAUCCAGCUUUGCUCGUUUCACUGGAUUAAAAGGUGACACAAGUUGCAGCAGUAGCUCCGCUAAACUUUGGCCUUAGGAAAACAAAGAUCAAAGUGAGGUCAUGUUCUCGCUCUCUGGAAAUGUUCAAAUGAAGGCGCUCGGGUUUGAAGAAUGGAUGAAGCGAGAGAUGCGUUCCCUCUGGAUUACAUUCAGGUCUUUUUCUUGCAAGCUCACUUCUGACAGCUCGCUCCCCUUUGGAAAAAAAAGAAAAAGAAAAAAAUUGCGUUGCUUUGUUUUGUCUUCGCGCUUCAUAAAAAUGUUGCAGAAGGCUUCCUCAGAGCUGUGACAGCAGGGGAGUCGCUGGCAUACUGAUUACUCUCAUGCAUUAAAUUGGAAAUGAUAAAUAUGAUUUUGGGAGGGGGUCGAAAAAAGUGUUUAUGUCUUUGCUGCUAACGCUUCCCCAUAUCUAUGGCAACUGGGGAGUGAUAUGCAAAAAAAAUAUAUUAUAUUGAAAAUGCAACACAGGAGGAAACUGUCAUCUAAUAUAACAGCGGGGCUCUACCUUGGCUGGUGAAUGACACGUCUCAUGAAAAUACGAAUGCUUUGUGACCCGUAUUAAGUGUGUGUGUGUGUGUGUGUGUGUGUGUGUGUGUGUGUGUGUGAGAGAGAGAAAGGAUGUUUCAAAAACACCCUGCUCCACUUCCUGCUCUCGUACCUGUAAAUGCUAACCUGCAGCUGCUAAGUGAGGUGAAUAGUGUGCGAAUUUCACAGGAGCAAAUUGGGCCAUUACGUCUAAUUUGCUUUAAUUUUAGCUUCAUUAUCAAACCACAUAAGAAAAUUCAUUUUGACAUUCCCAAUAUCAGGACACACGCUCAGAUCCCUUUCACUUCUUUAGUUCCUUUUUUGUGUGUGAUUUUUUUUGUGUGUGUGUUAGAAAUCAAAAAAGGAAAUUCAUCUUAUGGAUUUUUGUUGCUGCGUUAUUCUUAUUAUUAUACAUUAUGCCCCCCCUUUUCUUUUUUAAUGAAGUCUUUAAAUUUGCCCACUGUACAUAAUUUCCCUCAGAAUUCCAGACCUUUUGAAACCAAUCACCGUAUUGUUUCUUCAAUCAGUUUCGCUGUGGGUCGGUAAUUGCUUUUACAAUUUUAUUACUUUUAAAGCUCGCGUUUAUCUCGGCCGUACAGAUAGAAUAUUGCCCCGUGCUUGCUCUGGUAGUGAAUUGAUGGGAGAGGAAACGAUUGAAUUACCCUGGAUAUUUCACAGGGAGAGGAGAAGUCGCUCGCGCAUUAUCUCAAAGGAGCUGCUACUCAGUUCCUAUAGUUUUCUGUGGCUGUUGCACGUUGCAUUUCAUUUGUUUUUAUUGUGAAAUUGCUCCAAAUAUGUCAGCAGAGUGGACAGCUUCAUUAUUAAAUCGUAGUUUCUGUUAAGGGCACUUUCAAGCGGUCUUUUCCCCAACUUACACAAAACGAUCAAACGAACACGUGUAAAUAAGGACGGCGUGUUCACGAACCCCAGAGGAAGCAAUUCCGUUUGCCUAGAUUUAGACUAUAAAUCUGGAUUAACAUAAUACAGAAGCAAACGCUCACACAAAUAUGAUUGUUUUUACUAACAAGGGCUUAUUCCCCACAAAUUCAAGGAUUAAAAAAAGGUUUUCAAGGGCCAAACACAAUUUUCUUUUUUUUUCUUCAUGUUCGUACCUCCAGUAAGCACUUUAUGUUAAUUAUAGUGCCUUGUUACCCCCUUAUAUCAUAAACAUGCUUUAGACGCAGUGUUCUUAUGUUAAGGAAUUCCAAUAUCUUUCCUAGGAUUUUUUUUUCUUUGGGAAGGGGGGUUUCCUCUUUUUAUGUCAGAUAUUAGAAAUGUAAGCCUUUUAGGGUUUUCGGUAAAGCCCUUAUCCCUGCCUGAAUAACCCACACACACUGAAGAGUCCGCAGGCUUUUUAGAUCUGUUUUUAAUCUUUGAUCUCACUGAAAAAUCUGAGCUUGUUAGGUUCAUGCCAGAGUCACCAUCAGUUUGUUUUUUCCCCCGAAACGAGCCGUGUGCUCAGUCGUACUGUAUUUUGGUGUGCAAGGAUUAAUGGCCAGGAUUUUAUGUUGUUGGCUACGUGCUCGGCUGGGUGUUUGUCCUCUGUUUGCUUUGCGAGUUUAAAAAUAAACCAAAGAAAGUUAUCGAAAUUCAGACGAUUUAAAAUUAUACAUAUAGUGAUAAAAAUUAAGAUUUAUUAUUCUGUUACGUCUUGAUGUUGCUUAAUUUAUUUCUGCUACUCUUGUUUGUUUGUUUUUAUGUCAAGCAAACCAUUUUAUGGAUACAUUUCCCUUAAUGGUCAGUACAUCUAUAGAAGUAUUUAACCUAUCUAGUGUUAGCCCAGAAAGUUCUCAAAGAGAGUGAAGUCCAGUCAUAUGAAAGUAAAGAUCGCAGAGCUCUCAAUGAAGCCGUGCUCUAAGAGUCAGAAUUAAGUCUUUAGUAAUAGCAGCCGGCUACAUCCUGGUUCUCUUUGCAUAUUUUAAGACACAAACGGCACUCAUCUUCAGUUCAUUUUCGUUAUCAGCCGGUCACAGCUCUGGGUUCUGUCCUGCUCUCCCAUCUCUUCUAUAAUGAAACACACCACAGCUAUGGUCUUUGAGUUUCCUUCAAAAGUUCACAGAGUUUUCCUCGCAGUCAGGGACCUGACCAAAGGCUCUCCCUUUCUUCGCGCAGCACAGGACAGCACUGCACAUGUAUUGAAAAACCGAGCGAUCCAUCAGUUAUGCCGUGUGACAUGUUCUGCAUCAGCUAUCAUUUAUAAUCUCCCGUCUCUCACUGCCACCACAUAUUGAUGGCCGGACAACAAAUCUCAACUUCCCCGCUGUGUUUUACAGGCCCAUUCCAUGCAAUUUGCCUUCACUAUUCAGCCCAUUUCAGCUCUUCUAGUGGACUAAAGCGUGGGGAGAGAGGGAAGGGAUGUAUUUUGAAAAGCUUUGAAGCUUAAAUGAGUUUUAUUCUUUCAAUGUGAAAUGCGAGCAGCUUGGUAGUAGGAUCAUUCGUGAUCAGGUCACUGGAUUUAUUGCUCAGAAACUACUGAAUGUAUUUCAUUUCACUGAGUGCACCAGAAUUUAUCUAUCUAUACUGUGUUGAAUAUCUGUAAUCCCACAACUUUUUCUCUGUUUCUGUGCAGUAAUGGAUAAAAAAAUAUAAAAAAAAACUGUCAGUAUGUGUUAUCUUUGGACUAAAAACAGAAUGUCCAAUUUAUCUAGAGUAUAAUAUAGCAAAGUAUUUACAAAGAGCUGCUUUUUUAUUACCAGAUAUUUUUCUGUUAGUUUUUCCAUGGCAACAAACUUAUUAUAAAGUCCCAUAUUUUCAUUUUG